AUGGAAUCAAAGUUUCAGGUAAAUCAUACAAAAUUAACAAAAAAUGUAUUAUCUAUGAUAUUUAUUGUAAAAUUUAUGUUAUUUUACACGUUAGAAUGUAAAAUUCAAUUGUUCAUGACACCACAUACCUAAAAUAACCUCUUUUUUAGCUGUCAGAUGUAGUUGGAGCUGUUUUUCAAAAUGGAAACCUGAAGUUCUUUGAUAAAAACCAUUUGGCAUGCCCUAUUGGAAACAGAGUUAAAGUUAUGGACUUGAAAAAGUAAGUUGUAUUAGUUAUAUUGUUAUUGGUUUAGUGAUGCAUCUCAUAUCCUGGAUUGUGAGUCAAACUUCAACAUUGUUCAUAUGGCUUUCACAAAAGAUGCUUCUAUGGUUGCUUUGAUCAAUGAAAGUAAGAAAUUUACAUUUUGUUUAUGUUUUCAUUUACUUUCCUGAUGUUGUAAACAAAAGCUCAUUUUUCUACCUAAAAUAACUUAAAUUUUCAGUUGGAAUUGCCAGUCUAGUAUCAUUAACUAUGAACAGUGUUGUUUAUCAACGUAAAGUUGGAAAGAAUGUCAGAUGUGCUGCAUUUUCACCGAACAACAAGUAUUUGGCUUUUGGUAUGGAUGGUUAUAUUGCUAUCUACGCUGUGGACACACAAUGCAUUAGUCCAGAACCGCUAAGGCUUCUUAGUCGAAGGCAGUUUGCUAACAUGUCUUCCCAAACGACAUUCACACAUUUGGAAUGGUCUUUUGAUUCAAAGUAAGGGGUUUCUUCUGUUUUUCUUGUUUUAGACAUGGGUAAUAUCGGAAAAUGUCGUAUAUCUUAGAGGCUUUUAUUGGAUGAUUCUGGAUUUUAAAUAUGUGUUAAAGACAGAAAUGAUACAACUUUUAGGUUGUUGACAGUUUCUUCCAACUCUCACAUUCAACGAGUAUAUGCACCAUUAAAGGCUUUACCUCGCUUUAACUUGUUAUCAUUGUCCGAACGGUCAGAAGUUGUUGGUGGAUGGUUUAGACGGGAUCAAACAUAUGAUGUAUGUUCUUUGUUUGUUUGUUUUGCUUUUAGGUAUUAAAAUUGGCAAGAAAGAAAAGAAUUCAUCAAGCUGCGAAGCAUUAUAUUUUAGUACCUAUUAACUGACCAAAUGGAGGUUAUAAUUUGAUGAAAAGCUAUUCAUUUGUAGGUAUUACUGGUUACGAAAAGAGGUUUGUUAACAGAAUACGAUGCUUCUCUAACUCCAGGAGAGGUAUCAACACCAUUGGACGAUGAUCAAACCUUCAAGGAGGGCAGGAUGUUCUACAAGUUUAACGAAAAGUAAGAUUUUUGGUAAAAUACGCCUUUUCUUUUAUUUCCUUCUACAUUGUACAUUGAAAUAGUUAAUUAUCUUUAAGAAAGAGCUUUGUAAACCUUAUAAAGGAAAAUUAUGUUGUUUGAUACUCAAAAAUCGCUGAAAUAUUGUUUUAGAGCAGCAAUAUACGACAAAUUCGAAAGUCAAGGCCGGCCGAAUGUUGUUUCAGCAGCGUUUUCAAAGCCAAACGAGCUGUUGGCUAUUGGAUUUGAGAAUUCAGAGAUUGUUAUUGUCAAGUUGAGUAUGGGUAUGCAUGUCACGAAACAUUUAAAGUGAGUUAUUAGCGCUUUUCAGGUGGAAGUAACCUUAUUUUAGCUUAUUUUUAGCCUUAUUUUAACCAAAAAUCGCUCAAAACCUAAUUUCAGUCUAAACCUGAACCUCCGAAUCGAAGCCAUCGACCUAAACGAUCAUCUCCUAGCCUUUGGUACAGGCCGCGGCUACAAUGGUGCCCUCUACGUCUGGGACCAACGCUCCGAAAUCUUCGCGGUCAAGCAACAAUCUCACACGAAAACCAUCAGAACAGCCGUAUAUUCACCAUUGGGCCAUGUUCUAGCCACAGGCGGUGACGAUGGUCUAGUCAAAAUCUGGAAUUCAGAAUCCGCAAUGUGUAUCGUGACAUUGAAGGGUCAUUCAGCACCAGUCACAUCGCUUUGUUUUACCGAAAAUGGCAAUGCAAUUUUGAGUGCAUCACUGGAUGGACAAGUUAUUGCACAUGACAUGAAGAAGUACCGUAACUUCCGGACGAUGGUCACUCCAAAGGAAACACAGCUGGAACAUUUGUGUGCUGACAAAGAAGGACUGAAUUGCAUUGCGUCUUCACAGAAUACCUUUGAGAUAUUCGUGUGGGCCAUUGAGACUGGCAAUUUGUUGGAGAUCUUGACUGGUAAGGGGACUUUUAAUUAGGGGGGGGGGGGGGGGACUGUAGUUUAGGGUAAGUCAUGGUAGCGUAGGGAAAAGUAGGACAGGGUAGAUUAAGGUAGAGUAGGGAAGAUUAAGUUAGGGUACGGAAAAUUGGGACAGGGUAGUUUUGGUUACGGUACGCUUAGGCAGGGUAGAGUAAGUUAGGGCAGGGUAGAGUAAUUUAAGGUGGGGAAUGUUAAUUUAUGGUACUGUAAAGUAUGAUAAAUGUAUUAUUUUUGUGUUUAAAAUGCUUUUUAUGGCUUAAAAUGGCAUUUUGGAGUUUAUAUUGAAAUGUGUUGCGACGACAGUCGCAUUGUUAAGAAAGGGCGUAUUGUUAUUGCCAACCGGAUGUUGUGAGAAAGUUCCGUCUAAUUUGCGUAUCCUUUUCAUUAUUUAACUUAAGGUGGGUCUGAGAAAGUUGGGUAGAUUUUAAGGGGUGCUUUACUAUACGGUAUUUGGGAAUUUUGGGUUUUAUGACAGUUCAUGAUAUUCGUAUCUUUAGUAUAUGUUAUUUUGAUAAUUUUUCGAGUUUAAUUGUAUGUAAUAAAUAUACAGGUUCAUUAACCCAAGUUAGAGGUUAUUUACAAGACGAAGGAAGAGACUUUGCCACAAAAUGGUACUAGUGGUACCAAUGGGUGUACCAGUGGUACUAAACAGUGAGCCAAAAAGAAUUUUUUCUUGUUUUAUGACUUUUUAUUGAAAAAUAGAGUAUUUUUGAGUCUGGUACUAAAAAUGGUGCUUUUAGUCUAGGUUUAGCUUUACUUUACCUUAUAGUAGCACUGCUUUUAUUCUAGUCUUUCCCUAGCCUUGUUCUACUAUAACCUUAGCUUUAUUCUAAUCUAGUUGUCACAAAAAUUCAAAAUUUUUUACAAAAUUUAACAAAAAACUCUAAAAAUUAUAUUAUUCAAGGUCACACUGCCCCAAUCACAGCCCUCUCCCUCAACGGCCUGAAACUAGCGUCAGCUUCGAUGGACAAAACGGUGAGGAUCUGGGACGUGACUCGGAUGGAGAACGAAGCCAUCCAGUUCGGAAAAGAGUGUGUCGACGUCAAAUACUCUCCAGAUGGCUUCUACCUAGCCGUCCUCCUAUUCGACUCGGCCGUUCACGUUCUGAGCGCCGAAACCAACGCCGAAAUCUACAUCAUCGACUCGAAACUGGACAUGGAUAUCGGAUGGCAAAAGGGCAAUUUGUCCAAGAAUUCGGUCGAAAAGAACAAAAGUUACAAUAGAAUCGAGUUCUCACCGACCUCGAAGCUACUACUGGUUGGUGGACAGUCGAAUAACUUUUCAUUAUACGACUUUGUACAACAUUCGUUGAUAAGAAGGUUUAGGCUGACUGCGAAUCAGAGCAUCGAUGGGACUAACGUGGGUUUUUGAAUGGGGUUUUAGGCUUAAGAACAUGGGGUUUGAAGGUAUAUCGAAUGGGAUUUUAGGCUUGAAAAAGUGAGGUUUUAGGGUAUAACAAAUGGUGUUUUGGGGUUAAAAAAGUGAGUUGUAGGCUUCCGAAAGUGGGUUUUUAGGGUUAAGAAACCGGGUUUUUAAUUUUUUUUUGAUUUUAGGCUAAAAAAUGGGUUUUUGGUUUUAAAAAUUGGCUUACAGGGUCAAAAAUGAUAUUUUAAGGGCCUAUAGUUUUAAAAAUGACGGAAAAAUUUUUUUUGACAAAAAAGCUAUUUUUGCAUUUAAUUUUAAAAAAAAUAUUAUCAAUUUUAUUUUCAGCCCAGAUUCGAUCCACUAUCUUACCACUCUCAACAAAUCGACGCCUCCGACGACGAAAACGAAGUGGAAGCCAUUUCGGCCCCAGGCGAAGCCAAAAAAGACCUCUCCUUGCGCAAAUUCGACCGACCAUCAAUCGAACUAACCGAAUUCGCCUACAAUCCAACGGGUCGAUCUUUUGCCGCUGUCUCCACCGAAGGCGUUAUGGUAUUUUCGUUGGAUAAACGACGCCGAUUCCGACCAAUGCGACUGGUCGAAGGCGCAACGAUAGAAAAAGCUCAAGAAUUAUUGGACAAACGUGAAUAUCAUCAAGCUUUGUUGAUGGGAUUGGCGUUGGAUGAUAAGGAGCUGGUGGAAAAGGUGUUGGUCCAGAUUCCAACUGAUGAAAGUGGGUUGUUACCUAAAUUUUUAAAGGUUGAGAUUUUCAAUAAUUGAUGUUGUCAUAGUGAAUAUUAAGGUUUUAAAGGGCUUUUCAAAAGGAAUUUUGAUUAUUUUGUGAUUUUUGGGUUUUUAGAGCAAUUUUUGUUUUUUUGGUACCAUUAGUACCAGUGGUACCAAAAAAGGGUACCAAUUGUUUUUUGGAAUCGUUUAAGGUAAAAAGCUUGUUUGGAGACUUUUGAGAUACUUAUAAAGAAUUUUUGAUCCUUUGGUACUAGUGGUACCAAAAAAUUUAAAAAAAAAUUUUUUUUGAAAAUUAAGUUUUUUUGUGACAUUUUUAAUUAAACUAUCGUUAUCAGUCCAAACCAAAAUCACUAAAAUAUUUUUUUAGUCCAAACCGAAGUCCAACGUCUAGAAGACCAAGUAGCAGUCGAACUACUCCGUUACCUCGGUGCCAACAUCAACAAGAUUGCCAAAGUCCGAAUUCACCAUUACCUACUCAUUUGCCGUCAUCUGGUCUUUCAAUACGCUCAAACCUUCAAAGCCGAUAACACAUUGACAGAUGCCAUCACAUCAUUGCAAUUCUUCGUCAAAAGCCACAAAGACCUACUUCAAAUCAUCGAAUCCAACAAAGGAUUAAUCGAUUUCGAGUUGACGCAAAGACAGUUUAACGAAUUGAACCGGGAAAUGAGGGAAAUGAAACCGGCUGGGGCUUAA